AUGUUGAAGGCUCCUUCGAAGGUGUAUCCCAUGUCAGGCGGGUCAUCCGUCAAUUCCUCAGCAACACAUGUUGCUUCAGAGUAUGGUCAGGGGUCAGAAUCAGACUUUGGCUCACCCCCUGGUACACCGAACACACUGAUUCCAGUUCAAAGUCAUUCCUCGCGUCGUGGAUUCGCCGUAGAAGACGACCACUACGACGAGUCCGAGGCCAAGCAGUAUGAACAGUUCUCACCCGCGCGCAAAGUUCUCAUUCUUUGUAUCCUGUCGUAUUGUGCUUUCCUCGCUCCCAUCUCCUCCACGGCCAUGCUGUCUGCCGUGCCAGAGAUAGCCAAGACCUACCAGACCACCGAAGAGAUCAUAAAUGCCAGUACGGCCCUUUAUUUAGCUUUCAUGGGCCUCUCGGCCUUGUUCUGGGGUCCUCUAAGUCAGGUCUUCGGCCGUCGUCCAAUUCUUAUUGCCAGCAGUGUUCUUUUUUUCCUCUUCACUAUUGGCACCACGCUCUCUCCCAACCUAACCGCUUACUUCAUCCUUCGUGUCCUUACUGCUUUCCAAGGAACAUCAUUUCUGGUCGUCGGCAGCUCCGCAGUGGGAGAUAUCUAUGAGCCUAAAACCCGAGCAACGGCUCUGGGAUGGGUCACGUCUGGCAGCUUGAUAGGCCCUGCCGUAGGCCCCUUCCUCGGCGGUGCUGUGAUUACUUUUCGACCCUGGACCACCAUCUUCUGGCUUCUCACGGCCAUGAACGGCCUCGCCGCCGCCACUAUCAUCCUCUUCUUCCCCGAGACCAUUCCCUCCAAGUCCAACGCCGACUUCGCCGGCCAAACCGUCCCUCGUCAAGCCAAACUCCUCUGGCAUCGAAUCAACCCUAUCCGCGUCUUCACCCUCUACGCCUCCUACCCCAACCUCUUCUGGACCGGCCUUGCCGCCGGCGCUCUCGUCUGGAACCAAUACGCCCUGCUCACACCGAUCCGCCCCGUCCUCAACCCUCGAUUCAACCUCACCAGCCCCGUGCAAGCCGGGCUAUUCUACCUCGCUCCGGGAGCGGGGUUCUUAGCCGGGACAUUCGUCGGCGGUCGGUGGGCCGACUACGUCGUGCAGAAAUACAUCGCGCGACGCAACGGUCUGCGCAUCCCCGAGGACCGCCUCCGCUCGUGUCUGAUCUUCAUCUGCGUCCUGACUCCCGGCUCGAUCCUCGUCUACGGGUGGAGUCUGGAUCAGGAUGUCGGCGGCAUCCCAGUCCCUGUCGUCUUCAUGUUCCUGCAAGGCGUCUUCCAACUCUUCUGUCAACCUAGUCUGAACACCUACUGUCUUGACGUCCUGAAGGGGCGCAGCGCGGAGGUCGUGGCUGGUAGCUACCUCUUCCGUUACGUGUUCGCGGCCUUGGGCACGGGCGUCGCUCUCCCUGCGAUUCAGGAAAUGGGCGUCGGUUGGUUCAACACCCUCUCUGGAUUAUUCUUGGUGUUGGCUGGUGCGAUGGUCUGGUUGACGGCGGAGUUUGGGCCGCGGUGGAGGGAAAAUGUUGAUUUGAAAUGUGAGGAGAAGGCGGCCAGACGGAAGGGUUUGGCUUGA